AUGGCGAUGUUUAGUAGCGCUGAGCGGCUCUGGAACGAGUCGGAGCGCCUCGGGUGGGACGAGCGGAAUGAGAGCUCGGAGGGAACAGAGCAGGACAAUGGGGAGCAUAACUACUACGCCAUGCUGUACUCCCUGCUCAUCCUGGCCAUCGUGUUCGGGAACGUGCUGGUGUGUCUGGCCGUGGUGAGGGAGCGCUCCCUUCAGACCACCACCAACUACCUGGUGGUCAGCCUGGCUGUGGCUGACCUGCUGGUGGCGCUGCUGGUGAUGCCCUGGGCUGUGUACCUGGAGGUGGUCGGCGGUGCCUGGCUUUUCAGCCGGCUCUACUGUAACAUCUUUGUCACGCUGGAUGUGAUGAUGUGCACCGCCAGUAUCCUCAACCUGUGUGCGAUCAGCAUUGACAGGUACACAGCUGUGGUGAUGCCCGUCCUGUACAACACUACCCAUCGCUCCAAGAAGAGAGUCUCUGUGAUGAUUUCCACUGUGUGGGUCCUGGCCUUCGCUGUGUCCUGUCCCCUGCUGUUCGGCUUCAACACCACAGAUGACCCCAUGGUUUGCUCCAUCUCCAACCCCGACUUUGUGAUCUACUCCUCAGUGGUGUCCUUCUACCUGCCUUUCAUCGUCACGCUGCUGGUCUACAUCCGCAUCUACAUCUUCCUCAGGAGGAGGCGUAAGAGGAUUGCGUUCGGCCAAGCCAGCAGAAAGAUCCAGCCGGGCUCCACCCCGCCAUCUGCUGAGACCUGUCUACAAGAAGAGACUCCCAAGGCGAAGCAAGACCUGUCCCCUAUAAGGAUUAAAGUGCAGACUGUAGAGCCGUUGGCUCCCUUCAAGCCCAACCUGCUCUCACGAUGUCUGUGGCGCAACCACCCGAAGACGGGACCGGUGGAGAACUCAGGGCUGCCCCCGGUGGACACGCAGAACUACUGCAGCAUCAGCCAUGCCUCCUGCGGCCGCACAGAGCUGGAUCUGGAGCAGGAGCGGGGGGAGCGGGAGGCGGAGGAAAACCUCCAGGAGGAACAGGCCUCGGUCCGGAUGAGGUGCGAGGUGAAGGAUCUCUCCAACGGGCGAACGCACACGGCACUGCGGCAGCUCCCCCACCUGCACACCAACAAUGCACGAUUCAGGAGCAUGCACGCGCGGGAGAAGAAGGCCACGCAGAUGCUCGCCAUUGUGCUUGGCGUGUUCCUCAUCUGCUGGCUGCCUUUCUUUGUGACUCACAUCCUGAAUACCCACUGCAGGACAUGCUACGUGCCUCCUGCACUUUACGGUGCUUUCACUUGGCUGGGUUACGUCAACAGCGCCCUCAACCCCAUUAUCUACACCACCUUUAACAUCGAAUUCAGACGGGCCUUCAUCAAGAUCCUCAGCUGCUGA